UAUUCAGUUUUGUUAUUUACAAAAAAUUAAACUUGAAAGAUUUGCUCACUACGAAGUAUUGGGGAUUUAUUGCGGAACUUAAAUUCGCAUUUUGAGCGCAACGUGAAUUUCUGCUGUUAGUUUUUGCCGAUUCGAUUGACACUCUUUGAAGUAUUUUCGUUUUCGUUUUUUCUGUUGUUGUUAUUUAUUGAUAAGAUAUCAGAACAAUUGUGAGUGUCUGAAAGGUUUCUCUGAAAAUUGAAUAGUGAGGUUUUGUAGGGGGCUGUUGAAACCAGGAAUUGCCCAAUAAAAUUCAUAACGUUUUCGUUAAUUGCCCGCUAAAGUUUGACGAGGCGCGUCUUGGUAACGGUUUGACAACGGACAAAUGUUGAAAUUCGAGUGAUUGAAAUCGUAACGUUAUUUUCAAUACCAAUUAUUUUUAUUACGCACACACACACACAUACAUACACACAAAAAAUAUUAUUUACCAAAAUGAAUACAAUUGAGGAAUCUUCAGAAAUUUCGGAAUUUCAAGAUGAAAAAAUUGAUGGCAAUACCAUUUCGAAAAUAAAAGUCAGUACUAAAUCUACCAGCAGUACUUCCAGCUCCAGUACUUCCAACGUUGAGGCCACACCAGUUAAUGGACAAAGUGCCGCCUCAUCGCCGCCACCCCCACCACAAGCAGCAGCAGCAGCAACAGCUUCCACAAAUGGUUUUAGCUCUGCCAUACCUGAGGACCAUUUGGAAGAUUUAAAAAUCAUUGGUCAUCUCAAAAAUAUUGAAAAACUCAAUGAGAAACGUCGGGUCUUCUUGAGCAACACCAUUACCUCGGAGUAUUCAAGUGAUGAGAAAACUGAAUCCAGCACCAAGAAGGUCAACAAAGAAUCCACAACAAAGGGUACAGAAACCGGCAAUGAUACUGCCAACAGCAGCAACCACAACAACAACAAUGCCAAGCGAGUUCUGGUGCGAGAACAACACAUUGACAGUUUAUCCGAUAUUGAACAACAUAGUGUCAAAACAACAGGACCCGUGCAAAACGGUGUCUCACCAAAAUAUGCCACAUUGCCUAUGAAGACACCGAGAACUCCGAAUACACCACCGCCAAAACCUCCUAUGCUCAGUCGUACACGUAGCAUUGGUGUUGGUGACAGUCAUUCAAUGAGUUCUCCCAUAGCUACAAUACCAGAAUUUCCCAUACCCCAAACUGCCUAUGACAAUGGUGCAGCCACAGUCACACCCACACCCACACCUACACCACAGGAUGCCACUCCAACAACGCCCACAUAUUCCAUUACCACCACCCAACGUAUGCAACCGACCGAAAGCCAAAUUGUAACGGCAACCACAAUUGCCGAACCCCUAAAAGUGACCUGCAUACAAUUGGACCCGGAAGAGAAUGCCACCGUGGUGUUGCGUUCCAAUGCCCCGGUUGAUGUUAACAACGGCAUUGCUGCCGGUUUUGCUCAAGAGGCCUCCAACAAAGACAUUCCCGCUAAACACUAUGAACGUCUGAUCGAAGAACUCAAAUGUCCCGGAUGUGCGCUGCCCAUGAAAUCGCCCAUUUAUCUGUGCAAAACCGGUCACAGCAUUUGUGAGCAGUGCACCCGAAUUCUGCUAAUGUGCCCACUGUGCAAGGAAGGCUAUACCAACAUUCGUUCACUGACCGUUGAAGCUCUCUGCUCGAAGGCCCAUUUCAAGUGUUCAAAUGCGUCGGGCGGUUGUACGGUACGUCUACAACACGAUCUACUCUCAUGGCACGAGAAACAAUGCAUUUACAAACCGAUGAAAUGUUUUAUGGGUCGCGUCUGGGGCAAUUGCCAAUGGAAUGGACGCGAAGCCUUCUGGAAAGAUCACUUGGAGGCAGAACAUGCUGAAAAGAUUUUCACCAAAGAUACCGCUGAUCUCAGCUGGAAUAUGGGCGUAAAACAGAAACCUCUAACCGGUUACUACGUCUUUGAGGUCUACAAUGAAAUGUUUAAUUUCUAUGAGAUUUACGACAAGGAUAGGAUUCUCUUCACCAUGACCUGUACAUCGACGCAAAAGGAAAAGAAACUGCAAUUCGCCUAUGAGGUCACGCUGUACAAUGAAGAUUUUGAGGCAUUGGCGGUGACACAAAAAUUCCCCGUACACAGUGAAUAUGAUUCGGAUAUUUUGGCCGAGGGUACGUGUGUUAGUUUUCCCAUCAGCGACUUGACCAAGUUUUUGGAUGAAGAAAAGAUUUUACACUAUAAAGUACGUGUUUUGGAGGUGAAGACACCACGCAAAUCCCGCACCUGGCGCAGUGUCAGUCCCAACGGCAAAUUACCCAUCGAUUUCCAACAGACCAACAUUGAAGGUGUUAACCUGAAAAAUGUCCCCUCUGAUGUUAUAGUCACCAGACGUCUGGAUGAUAUACCCUUUGCCGACACUGAGUCGACCAUAAGCGAAUCGGUGGGUGGCAUUUCUUCUGAAGAUGAACUGGAGAAAUCCAAACGUGAAUUCUAUGAAAAACUUGAGGCUAAGAAAAAACGAGACAGUGGCUCCGACACUGAUCCCGAAUUUGAAGCUUUCAUAGCCAAAAAGUGGGGCACCCCCCAAUUGCAUUUCAAUCGAAAAUAUCUUAAGGGAAAUGCCACAUCCAGCGACGCUUCCUCCUCGGAUGAUUCACCCAAAUCCCCCAAAAUGGCCAAUGAUGACAAGAUUUCCAUAACAAGUACCAGUUAUAAGAAACGUAUGUCCAAUACCCUGCGCAAAAGUUUCCGUUCACUGAAAACCGAUUUAAUCGAAAUGAAACCGUUCGGCAAGAAAUCUUCGCCAGAGAAAAGGUUAAUGUAAACCUUAAAAUGUCGCCCAAGGUGAACGUUAGGGUCAUUAAUUAUCCCAAAUGCGGUUUGUUAUACUUAAACAAGUUUUCUUCCCUCCCAAAAAUUCCUUCCAAAGCAAACAACCAAAUUCCUCUUCCUAAAAUAUUGUAUAUGUUAUCUAAAUAUAUAUGUAUAUUGUUAAUUGUUAAUAAUGUUAUAAGUGAAGUGAAAUUCAAGCAAUAAUUAUUUCUAAAUGUAUAUUUUUUGUUAAUAAUAAAACAAAACACCAAAAACAA